AUGCCACAGCCAUCAGAAAGACUACACCAAAACUGCAAGAACUUUUGUGUGUUAUCAUGGGAUAAAGGGAAAAAGGAAUGGCGUGGGUUGAAACAGAUUCGACCUAGCGAGUUUUAUAGCCAUGGUUUACAUCCUUCGUUGACGACUGACUCUCAUGUCACGGUUAUAUUCGCAGACGCUGACAAGGUGCGCGAGUGUCCAUCUUGUCGAAAAUGCUUCACCGAUGAGUUUCUCAUGCCAGAGUUGUGGUGGUCUGGCUACAGCCGUAGAUCAAAUGGAUACUUUGGCAGCGAGGCAUUCCGCGAUGAUGAAGGAGAACUCUUGGCACUAAAUACAUGGUCGCGCUUCCUCGUCAAGCAAUUAGUAGACCAGAAUACUCACGUCUGGCACAAAUUCAACAUCUUCACCCGCUGGAUCGCCUCAACUCAACAAACAUACCUCAUCGUCUUUGAAGCUCCCAAACAAACCCGUCUCCGAGAACUCUUUCCCAAACCGCUGUUGACCAACUCUCACAACGAUGCCCUCAACGACCCCUUCUGGGUAUACCCUCGUCUUCUCGAACAACUAUCCAAUCUGCAGGAUAACAGCGUCUGGGCCGUCCGCGAUCAGGUAAGAGGCAUCGAAAAAGAGGAAUGGAGCAAAAGACCAAGUCCAAGGUACAGGCACAUGCACGAUACAGCACGACACGCAAUUCACGUUUCGGAGACGCUUGAAGUUGCGGAAAAGACCGUUGCGUCUAUAGUACAGCAGCACAAUGUGUUUCGAGAUGAAGUCGGAUGGGGAGAUAGACAAAGGAACGCAGGAUUUCGACGCGUUGAUGAACGAUUGCUGUGGUAUGACCACAUCCUUCGGAGUCUUCGCCAUCGAGCAUCUGCAAACAAGGAACGACUCCUAAAUGAAGUCCAACUAGCGUUCAACUCGGUCGCACAAUACGAUUCAAGAGUCGCGGUAAAGAUUGGUCGCGCGACGCAAUCUGAUAGCGCAGCGAUGAAGACCAUUGCCUUUGUCACGCUGGCGUUUCUACCUGGGACGUUUAUCUCUGCGCUGUUCAGCAUGUCGUUCUUUAAUGUGGAUGAUGAUACGGGACAGUGGACUGUGUCGAAAAAGAUAUGGAUGUACUGGUCGAUUGCGAUACCGGUGACUUUGAUCACGAGUGGAUUGUGGUUGUUGUGGCAGAGAUGUUUUCCGCCUGCUUGGAUUGGCGAGGAGGAAGAGUCUGCGAAUGCGCUUAGGGACUUGCGGAGGAAGAUUAAACGAGGUGAUAGUGCGAGGGUUGACAGUUAUCAGAUGGCAUAA